AUGAAAGCUGUCUGUGUUUUAUUCGUCCUGCUUGCUGCUGUUGUGUUUGUAACGGAGGCCACUGGGGGUUGCCCUGGAGCUAGGCUUGAGAACAUAAAACAGUUCCAUCGAUUCCAAGCAGCAAGAGAUAGGGUUGUUGGUUCAUGCCUGGCUGGCUGUAGGACACCAUGUGCUGGUCUUAGAGCUUGUUCCAAAUCAAGAUGCAUGUGCAAAUGCGCUCGUGAAGUUCCCGGUUCUCUUUUUCGAUGCGUUGAAACUUGUGCGAAGUCUCAAUGCCUCACCCCAACAUGCAAAGAUUGUUUACAGCCUUGUAUGAAGAGGGUUCGAGAUUGUAAAACAAGCAGAUGUUCCAGAGAAUGCCCGCAUGACGCUGACGUUGCCGCGUCGUUUAAAACCCAAGCUUGCCGCCGGUGUCUAAUGAACAACUGCCGUGCUGCCUAA